AUGGUGACUGAAAAUAAAGAGCCUGAAAAAAGAAUCAACAAAUCAAUCGGCUACAGAAAAGUUCCCAACAGAAUCCACGAUCGUAUGAUAGAUAAUUCUUUAGCACACAAUUUUAUUGUACCUGAUGAUGAAAACUUGAAAAAGAAGGUCUUGGUUAAAACCAAGAUCUUCAAUCGUUUGCUGAGGCUGAAUAAUUACAGCUACAAUAGUCAGGAAAAAGUUGAUGAAUCUUUAUUAUCAGGUCAUAAUCAAAAUGAAGAUGAUAUUGAUAUUGAAGAUGAUAAAUCUUUAUUUCUGGUUAAUGGUCAUGAUAAAGUUGAUGAUAUUAAUGUUCAGGGUGGUCAUAAAAUUGAUGAUCAGGUUGAUGAAACUUCAGGAUUGGGUCAUAGUCAACAUAAAAUUGAUGAAUCAUCCAAACCAGGUCAUAAAGUUGAAGUUCAUGAUGAUGAAUCAUCAUUAUCAGGUGAAAGUCAAGCUCAAGUUGAUGAAUCAUUAGGAGCAGCUCACGAUAGUCACGAUAAAAUUGAUGAUCAGGUUGAUGAAUCAUCAAGACCAGGUCUUGAAAUUGAUAAAUCAUCAAGAUCGGGUCAUAAAAUAAAUGAUCAGGUUGAUGAAACUUCAGGACCAGGUCAUAGUCAAGAUAUAUUUGAUGAAUUUUUAGAAUCAGAUCAUAGUGAAGGAAAAUUUGAUGAUCAGGUUGAUGAAUCUUCAGGACCAGGUCAUAAAAUUGAAGUUCUAGAUGAUGAAUCAUCAUUAUCAGAUCAUAGUCAACUUGUAAUAGAUGAUCAGGUUGAUGAAUCUUCAGGACCAGGUCAUAAAAUUGAAGUUUAUGAUGAUGAAUUAUCAUUAUCAGGUCAUAGUGAAGCUCAGGUUGAUGAAUCAUCAGAACCAGGUCAUAAUCAACAUAAACUUGAUAAAUCAUCAAGACCAGGUCAUAAAGUUGAAGUUCAUGAUAAUGAAUCAUCAUUAUCAGAAGGUCAAGAUCAUGAAAAACAAUCUUUAACUGCAAAAUCAGAUGGUGAAAGUGAAAGUGAUGAUCAAGAUAGAAUAAGCGAAAUCAAUCAAGAUUUAAUUGAAGAAAAUUCAUUAGACUCUGAUGGAAGAUUGGAAAUUAUAUCCAAGUCUGGAUCAGAAGCAGACAUUGCUUCUCAGAAUUACAAUUCACCAAUUAAAACUCAAGCUAGAGUCAGUGGAAAUGAUAUAAUUGUAGAUCAUCCAUCAGAUAAAUCAGAAUUUCAGGAUCUAGAUGAUGAUUUUAUUGAAGAGAAUUCUUCAGAGUCUGAUGGAGAGAAGCUUUGUAUAUCCAGAUCAGAGUCAGAGCAUGAUGCUAAUAGUCAGGAUGGCAAAAAUAAUAAGGUUAUGGUUGAAGAUGAUGACUUAGACUCUGAUAGUCCAAGGCUUUUUUUGUCAAGAUCAGAGUCAGAAGUUGAAAGCAAUGAUGGAACAUCAGGAAAAUUAGAGACUGAAGAUGAUGUAGAUUUUGUUGGAGGACAAUCUUUAAUUAAGUCUAAAGAAGAUACUGUUCAAAAGACAGACAAAAGUGUGAUACUUAGUUUUCCUGAUUUGGAUAAAGAUGACAAUGAUUUCGAGACUACAGAACAUUUAAUAAAAUCAGAAUUAGAAAUUAAUGAUGAAGAAAUUCAGUCCAGUUAUAAAUCGCCGACUUCUGAUGAUGAUGAUGAUUCUCAAAUUGAAACUGAUGAUGAUAGUAUCAGCAAAUUAUCAUCUUCUUUAAUGGAUGAAAAUUUGGUUAAAAAAAUUCCAGAAAACAACAAAAUACAUUCUGAACCUGGACCCAAAGUCAUAAAUGACAAUAGUCGAUCACCAGUAAUUGACCAUGACAACUCCAGUUGUCAAUCUUCUCAAGGAAGAAGCAAAUGCCAGUUAAAAAUAACCAGCAACCAGGUCGUAGUUUCAAAGUACACCAUCAUCAAGGACAGACCUAAGCCCCAACCUGAAUCUCCAGCUGCCAGUAGGAAUUCUUCCGAUGAUGAUGAUGAAGAACAGCAAGUGGUGAAGAAAAGCAAGCUGGCUAGAGCGGUUAGUCCAGAGCGGCGGCCCAAAAAGCAAGCUUCUAAAGAAAAUGAGCAAGAUGAUGAAUAUGACAGUGAAGAAGAAUUGAUUAAAUACAUGAAGCGCAAAAGGUCUAUGGUGAAGACUAAGAAGAAGUUCGGAGGAAAAUCUUUGACCAGUCCGACUAUCGAAGACUCGCUUAAGUUUGUUAGGAAGAAAAUGUUACCUUUCAGUGAUUAUUAUCAGUCGACUGAGAAUGAACAAGGAAACGCUUCGAUGGUUGAUGAUUAUGACUCUUCAGACUAUUCUGAGAGCGAUUAUGUUCUUGAUAAGGAUGCAGAAGCUUCUUAUAUUCACUACAAUGACAUUGAUCAAUACGCUGAAAGCAAAAAUUUACAAGAUUUGUAUUUAGAGACGACUUUUGCUUAUGAAGAUUUGAGCGAAGAUGAUGAAAUUUUUAUGAUGGAGGUUCCUAAAUCUAUUAUUGAGAAAGGAAAUUUAGAAGGCCAACAAAUGAAACUUAAAAAGAAAUAUUUGGAAAUUGGUGAUACUAGGUAUAAUAUAAACCGAGUUGAAGAUAAUGAAAUUAAUUUGGUUUUAAAGGAUAAUCAUUAUGAUGAUUCUUAUCGAAUAGAAAAUAUUCAACCAAUAAAGUCAAUUAUAAUCCACGAGCCUAAAUCAUCAGCUCCAGAUGACGAUGAUGAAAUUGAUGACUCAGAGGAACCCAAAAUAUCAUUUCCAAAGAAUUUAAAAACAAGAAAUCCUCUAGAAUUAAAUAAACAUCCAAUUAAAGUGACUUCCAAAAGAAAAAUUGACCUAAAAAAUAAUUCACUAAAAUUAAAAAAGAAAAAAUUAAUAAGUUAA